GAAAUGGAGGUGUGGAUACGACGCAUGCGCAGUGCGUCCACAACUAUCCAGUCCCGUCCACAAGCGCAGACAUCAACAAGGGAGCGGGUUACUGAUGCGGGUUGAUUUUCAUAAUAGUCACAUCGUAACGACGCGCAAACAGGACUAUUAAUUUGAAUCUGCCUCACGCAACUUGCAACAAGGUAAGGUAUGCGACCGUUUGGUGUUUGUUUUGUUUGGUCUGUGAGGCUUUAGGGGGUCGUAAAGUCUUAGUUUUGUUUUCCAGACGACUAAUUCAAAACAAGCUUCGAGUUAUCGCAGAACAAUUGCUCCUAUAGGGGCUGCAGCAUGGGCGUCUGGGUGGUAGAGAUGAUUUAUAGCCCAACUUAUAAACUUUUAAAGUGAACGGACGAAGUGUGCAGAAAGCAAAAUAAAAGCGCAGUUGUGUUAAAUAGACGAGUGUCAAUAAAUGAGUAGGCUAAAGAGAUGAUGGGGGUUGAUAUUAUUGUUUGUGGGAUCACACCGUCCAUUGGUGUCGAAAUGCAGUAGAAGCCGGUGAUAACAAAUGUAAGGGUUGAAAAAAUUGCAUUUCAGCCUCUCUAAUGGCUUCAAAUAGUGGUAGUGGUGCGCCUGCAGUCUACUACACGUUUACUCCAGCUAAAUAAGCCAAGUUGAAUCUCUCACGCCCACCCGGAGUAGAGAUGCGUCUCAGCACGCGGCCGCUGAUGUCAACAAAACAGCUGCCGCAAACACAAAGUAUUUAUGUACGUCUGGUGAAACUCAUCCGGUUUAAAUGAUGUUUAAUGUGAAGAAAAGAGACAUAAACCGAGUUUAAAACGCCGCUGCUGGAACUUCGUGCACAUGUAGUUGGAGGAGGACUGUUGCAGUGACGCGGCUGUGGAAUAACAAAGAGUAAAGAUCAAAUUACACAAUUAUCCGAAAACAGCCUCCACUCGAGACUGAAAAGGCGAAAAUUCUGCUUUCGAAUAGUGUUUGUCGAACUUAUUUCGGUGCGUAAAGUUAAUGAUAAGUGGAGAGAGUCUGGUAUCGUCGAGUAGAGGACGGUCAUCAUAAAAUGGGUGCGCAUGAAGCAGGUCGUGUGGCAUGCCAUGCUUCCUCGCUGGAGUGGGCGGUGAAAUUGGCGACUUGCACUUUUCUCUCGAUAAAAACAAGUGCAAGUCUCGGUGUCGCCUGCGAUUUUGAAUACGAUUGUGUUGUUUAAGCGUGUUCUGGCUGUUUUUCGGCGAAUUUUUACAGUUUACUUGUGAUAUUACAAUUUUUGCGGAAAAUCGCAUCACACCCCCUUCUCCACACUGCCUCCGCCUUUGAAGUGUGUUGCCAUGUUGAGUUGCGUCACGUACUGUAUUCUGCUGCAGAGAUCGUCUGUGAUUGACAGAUGAGCCACUCGGUGCUGAAAAUUACUCCGACCUUGUGCUUGUACUUCAGAUUAUGUGCUGAUACAGGUGAUUUUCAUGACAUCAGUAAUAGAAAGAAAGACAGAAAUCAAUAUUCAUGAUUUUUAGAUUUGGCUGCCUAGAUAUCUGAAUUAUUUCUAACCUUUCAGAUUAUUUUUUGCUGUUGUUGAUGAUUUUCAGAAUUUUAACACAAAUGGGCAUUUAUUUGUAAAUUUUUAGAGCUAUAUUUGCCGUAAAAGGCUAUUGAUAAAUGAAGUCAGACUAAUGUAAUCCAUUGUGUAUUCUACCUAUUAUUUUAUAGAAAUGUAUCAGAACAAUUCCACAUUGUUCACAUUUUAAACUGCAUGUUUUUCUAUUUUUAUUUUGCACAGUUUCUUUGUCUAAUUUUCUGAAUAAAACAUAGCUAUAUACGAUUUCCAAUUUCUGUACAAUAUGUACAUGUAUGGCCUACUAAUACAAGUUUUACAGUAUGGAGACAGUCUUCUGCCCCACUAAGUGACCAGCCUUUAGUGGUCCCUGAUAUUAACAGCAGAGUGAGAGCUCUUUCAUUUUUCCCUGUCUCUGUCUGAGCUCUCUGUGGCACCGCACUGUCAGAAGACCCCCAGGACUGAUGGCAGGAAAAAAAAAUCCAGUCUGGGGGGCGCGGCUCGCAGUUUUGCCGCAGUUCAGAUCCACAUGUGCUGUGCAGAUUAAAUUUUGCCUAGCAACAUAAAUCAUAAUUCCUUGGCACAAGCGAGACUCUUCAUUCAGUUCUAGGUUACGACUCCUCGAUACGUUUAUAUGUCUGCUUUUCUCCGGCGAUGCAUUCUCACAUUUUGUAGUCUGCUCGAUUUAAUCCAUCCUCUCCAGCCUGUAGGAUCGGGCUGUGCGUGCUUAUAUUUUGAGUUUCUAAAAUGAAGCGUGCAUCCUGUGAGCGCAGCAUGGUGACAUGAUCUGUCUGACACGCUGUCUGACUGUUGACCUACUUCCCUCAUGUGGGUCAAAGCUGAGGGAUGCUCCAACAAAAUCGCUUUCCCUGCAUGCCUUGAGUGCUCCCCAUGCGUGACAAAACACCCGUUUUAUUUUGCGAUUACACAUUUCGCUAAAAUAGUAUAAUGCGAUCUUGCCACGUGCUCAUGAGCUGCACGGCUGCAAGGAGGAGGUACCGCAAGCACACCAUGCACACAUUGAUGCGAGACUGAAAUGUUGAUUUGUGACUCAUGUUUUGUACGCAGAUGUUUGGCUUUCAUAAGCCAAAAAUGUACAGGAGUUUGGACGGCUGCUGCAUCUGCCGCGCGAAGUCGUCAAGCUCUCGUUUCACGGACAGUAAGCGCUACGAGAAGGACUUCAGGAGCUGCUUCGGGUAAGACGCACAGCUGAGCAUGUGGGGUUUGAUGGAGGGAGACAUUUUCCUGUGUCAGUUUUUCACGAAAGCUGUUAUCUCGCAGACUGAGUGAAACAAGAUCAGGGGAAAUCUGUAACGCCUGUGUGCUCCUGGUGAAACGGUGGAAAAAGCUUCCUGUGGGAACCAAGAAGAACUGGAAUCAUGUGAGUUUAGGACACUACUGACAAUAUUAGUUGGUUUAAAUGUUUUGUGUGUUUUUGUAACUCCUGUGGUCUCUUCUCCUUUCCAUCCCUUAGGUUGUUGAUGCUAGAGGAGGUCCAAGCCUAAAGAUCACCUCUAGGCCCAAGAAGAUCAAGUCCAUCUCCAAGAAAGCACGGCCAAGCCAGAUCAGCAGGCUGCAGAAAGAGCUUAAAAGAAACAGUCAGUUCGGUUUUUGGUGUUCACUAACAAAAAAUACAUCACUCAAUGGCUCUUAAAGGCCUAACCAUCUAUUUUGCUGCCCUACAGACUCAGAUGCCCACAGCACCACCUCCAGUGCCUCUCCGGCUCAGUCUCCAAGCUACAGCAACCUGUCAGAUGACGGCUCAGACACCGAGCUCAGCCCAGGAUCUAGCCGCUCCCCUGUCUUCUCCUUUCUUGACCUUACUUACUGGAAGAGGUAGACCUGACACUGGACCACGCCAUUGAUUUACUGACUUGUUAGUUUAGAUUUAGUGCAGCACUUUCAACCACCAUGAAAACCAGACUGUAUUUUCUGCUACUUUGUGGCCUAACUUUGCUUUAAAAUGUUAAUAAAAGGGGUCAUGUUUUUUUUUGCGCCACACCCCCUUUUUUUGACUAAGUUACAGUUUGGCAACCUCUUCCACCACAUUAGAGAUCCAGCCAGGCGGAGUAAUUGAAAACAAUCAUGUGACUGUGCAGAGUCUUCAGUGCUGUGCUUUACAGCCUUACAACUAAUGUCUCUCGUAACUAGUUUUGGGAUCUGUCUUUGAAUCUAUGAAUAGUUUAGUCUUGAAUAAAUAAAAGAAGCCUUUAAAUUUUACUUAUUUUUGUGAGCCAGGUGGGACAACCGAAAGUUUAAAGUCCAUAGCUUCUCAUGAACAAAAUAGUCCAAAGCUUGUAAAUUUAGAUAAUCCCCGAAAUUAUACAUUUUGGUCAUUCAUUCAAAUCAAAACAAAUGAAUAUUUUGUCCUCGCUUCUAGUGAGCCAACAGUUUAAUUUAUUUUUUUGUCCAGAGGUUUCAAACUUACUCAGCUAAAGAUUGAAAGUCAAACAUUUUAAAACAUGUCAUGAUUCAGCUUCUUUACUGACUGUCAGGAUUUGUGGUUCACAUCUUUUACACGACUGCAUCCUUAUACCUGACUUUAGAUAACUGACACAGUUGCAUCAUUAAAGCAUGGUAAUACAUUGUAUGAAUGACUUACAACUAGUAGGGGUUCAGUUUGGUGUAUUUCUGGAGUUGCCCUGUGAUCUAAACCUAAAUGAACAUGUUUUUCAGGCAAAAAGUGUGCUGUGGAAUAAUAUACAAGGGGCGCUUCGGAGAGGUACUCAUCGACCCCCAUUUGUUCAAACCAUGCUGCCGCAAAAAACAACGGCAGCAGCAGCAGCAACAAGAGGAGGAGGAAGAAGAGGACGAGGAGGAGGAUGAGGAGGAGGAAGUGGAAGUAGAGGAGGGCCCGGGGGGUGUGGAUGUAAGCGGGCAGAAAUCCCAGACGGAGGAGGAAGUGAAGGAGACCCCGAUGGGUGAGCGAGAGCCCUCUCAGCUAUGCGUUUCCGUGACAACCCCUCCAACCAGGAGCGGGGCGUUGGUGGAAGGGUGGUGAAGAGGAAAACCUUCGCUGUUGCACACAUCUCUGAAGAAAUCUUGGGGUGCUGUUUUUUUUUUCCUCUAAAGCACUUACAGAAAAAAGUGGCCUCAGAUUGCCUUCAGUCACAAAGCAGCUGAAAAUCCUUUGGUCUUUUCCGUAACAAUGUCAAAGGUUCGUUCAUUAUUUUAAGUAAUAACUUAUGGACUUUUUUGUUCCACUUUGUCCCUUUUAUGCAUUUAAUAUCCUCACUAUCUCGUCAAAGGACCAUCAUCUGUGGUGUUACUGAUCUGCUUUAGAAACAAUGCUGGAGCUCUAGUUUGCUGGUAUAUAUAAGAGAUUUUAUUCCAAAACGCAAUACAUCCACUCAGUGAAAAAAAAAGGUGCUACUUGAAAUUCAUCACUCAGCGCUUCAAACAUACAGUUAAAUCAUUAACAAUGAGGGUGUUUAUAAGCAUACAGUAUAUGAUAAGAUGACUAAUAUACAGAAAGGAGAUUAAUUUUGCUUUAUUUGUGAGGAGUAGAUAUCUCUUUUUUGAAAUGGUGGAUAUCGUUUUGGAAUGAAUGAUGCUUUACAUUGACAGAGCACAGACCUGUACAGUAGCCCCUGUGUUUGUGUUUUUUCACACUGAAAUCCACUCCUAUCAAAGACUUUGUGUUCAUAGACUGGAUUAGUGUCUCUUCGUCCAAAUACGUAUGUGAGUCCCAGUUAAAUAAGGCCUAUUCACAGCUUCAACAGCAAAUACACCAGCCUUAAUUAUGUGUUACAGACAGCGCUAGUGUUAUUUCUGGAUUGGUAUUAAGGAACAAAAAGGGACAGUAGCUAUAUUUAUUGUGGCCUCAGCAACACAUAGUGCAUUUUGCAUGAAUGGGAAGCCCACUCAUCCAAAAGACCGAAUGAUCUGAUGCAUGAGUCUACUAAAAUUGCAUGGCCUUAUAUAAACUGUAAAUUCAGCUCUUAUUUUAUUUUGUUGUCUUUGAUCCAUUUCUCAAAAGUUUUAACUUAUUUUUAUAUGUAAAAAAAGAAAAACGAAAAUAAAAACUUGUCUUUGCAUAAUAAUACCACACAAUACUGCAGCAAAACACAAUCGGUCUAUUGUCAUUCAGCAAUACAAGUAUCAGUGAUUUCCUUCAUUCCCGGGUUGAGCUAUGAUGAAAACUUUAUACAAACUAAAAUUCUAUGCCAUUGCCUCUUAUAUACCACAAAUGUGUUGUGAUAUAUAGCCUAAUAUUACUUUAUUUAUCAGAUUAAAGCCAAAGCACAUUGAAAUUCACCCAAUGUCAAAUCAAUGCAGGUUUUUUAUGGACGUUUGUGCUCGUCCCUGGUCAUUUGCAUAUAUGUUUAUGGUAUUCUAAAUCAACACUAAUAUGAAAUUUCAUUCAUGUGAUGUUGUAGCUGGGAGCAGAGGGUGUGUUGUGUACAUAAGGGGAGGGUGAGCCCUGUGGCUCUUAUAUGGGUUCCAUUAUUUAUUUGAUAUUUAUUUGUAUCACUGCAUCUCCACUUAGAAGUGUAAUGCUAUUAUUUUCAUCUCUAGCUCAUAUGUAGUAUGUUUUUUUUUUGUACAUCAGAAAUCGAAUGUAAUUCUCACGCAGACUUCGUUUAACAUUGCGUUGAAUUACUGGUUGUCAAUAUUUGUGAAAUGUUAAGUAUUUAUUUGCUCAUCAGUUGAGUUGCGUGCAACCUAACUUAUUCUGUACCAUUACUUUGGAUCUGUAUCAUGUAGACUGAAACGAAUGAUAGAUUGCUACCAAACUGUACUUUUCCCUUUUAGCCUGUAGCUCAAUACGUUACCUAACUCUAGCUUGCAUGUACUGUUGCUAUGCAUUUACUUAGCUUACAAGUUAGACAAAGCGGUUUUGUAUUUUUUAUACAUCAUGUACUUUUUUUACUUGUCCCUUAAUAAAGUAAUUUUGUGAGUUUUCUUGAAA